AUCUUUUGAAGGUUAUGGCUAUAAGAAGUUUGACAAAGAAUAGAUUGUUUUAGAUCAAUGGUUAUGCAAAAGUCUUGUUAAUUGUAUAUAUAUUUUGUAUGAAUUGCAAAAGAAGAAUUAGAGAAAAGGAGACAAAAUGUAGCUUGAGAUUUUAUGGAAUUACCAUUUUAACAAUCUAAGGAUGUCAAGGACUUUAAAUUCUAAUGAUAAGCAAUUUCUUCAAAGAUGUGAAUUCUGAUAAACCAUAAACAUGAAAAUUUAACAGUCCAUGAAGAAUGAUUUCUAACAAAGAGGAUAUCUUAGUAAGUAAAGAAACUUCAGCUGUCAUGGCAGAGGAGGAGAGCACAGAGUGGCUUCAAGAGCUCCUGCAUGAUGUGCAGCUUUCCCAAUUCUUUACGCGAAUUCGAGACGAUCUGCAGAUUACUCGACUGCAUCAUUUUGAUUAUGUCCAGCCAGAAGAUUUGGAGAAAAUCGGCUUGGGUAAGCCUGGUGUCAGACGUUUGCUGGAUGCGAUAAAAAAAAGACGGAGCACCCAAUGGAAGAAAAGCUUAAUUACGAAAAUUAAACCUGGCAGUAGUGGCAAGAAUAGUAAACGAUCCUCGCAGCCCAUUGAGACUUCUGUGCUAACAUGUCUAAUACAAGACAAAGACGUGACGCUAUCUAUUAAACUGGGUGACGGAAGCUUUGGCGUAGUUAGAAGAGGCGAAUGGACCUCUCCCUCUGGACGGACUUUACCCGUUGCUGUAAAAGUUUUAAAAGCAGAUGCUCUUACGCAACCGAGCGUUAUAGAAGACUUUGUUUCUGAAGUUCAGGCAAUGCAUACUUUGGAUCAUCAUAAUCUCAUCAGAUUGUACGGCGUGGUAUUGUCGCAGCCAAUGAUGAUGGUGACCGAACUUGCACCUCUUGGCGCACUACUCGAUUAUCUGCGACAGCAGUGUGGCAGAAUUUCAAUUCUCACACUCUGCAACUACGCGCUACAAGUUGCCACAGGUAUGGCAUACUUAGAAGCAAAACGUUUUCUACAUCGUGAUUUGGCAUGCCGAAACGUUUUGUUAAGCACAGUCGACAAGGUGAAGAUUGGAGACUUUGGACUGAUGAGAGCGCUGCCACAACAGGAGGAUUGCUACGUUAUGACAGAACAUAAAAAAGUGCCUUUUCCUUGGUGUGCUCCGGAAUCUCUCAAGGCUCGGCAAUUCAGUCACGCGUCGGAUGUUUGGAUGUUUGGUGUUACGCUAUGGGAAAUGCUGACAUUUGGUGAGGAACCCUGGCUAGGCCUGAACGGUUCUGAGAUAUUACGAAAAAUCGACCGGGAAAGCGAACGACUUCACGAACCAGAAGCGACACCUCCGUGUAUGUACGAGCUGAUGCUUCGCUGUUGGGCGAGAGAGCCUUCGGAGAGGCCGACGUUUGCUUCUUUGAAGGAAUCAUUGAUUGGCAUGGUACCAUCUGUAAUGAAGGCUUUAACUGCUUUCGAAGAAACCGGCAAGAUGUCCAUUGAAUUGGGAGACCAAAUUGCUAUCAUCGACGGACGUCCAGAGAACUACUGGUGGAAAGGCCAAAAUCAACGGACUUUCCAAGUGGCACACUUUCCGCGUUGUUUGGUCGAUCCGAUGCGCCGAAAGCAGCCAGAAGAUAUUAGCAAGCCAUUGGAGAACUCGUUCAUCCAUACAGGACAUGGUGCGCCGUUCGGCAAAAGCUGGGGCAGUCCUGUCUACAUCGAUGAUGUAUACUUGAGAAACCCGAUGGAUCCUCCAGAUGUGUUAGUGGCGGCAUCAACUGAUAACCAGGCGAAGAAGAGAUUCUCUUGCACCGCACCGCGCACAAAGAAACAAUUUAAUUACACCAAGUUGCACAACGACACUAGAUCGAGUCCUAUCAAAACUUCACAGACAUCGUCAAGUUUGAGCUCCAAUUUGGAAGGCACUCUGAUUGAUCUGUCCGCCGAAGAAUUAGCAAGCGCGAAUAUUCAUGAACAGGAGGCUGCGUGUAGACGAGUGGUUAACAUCUUGGAUGAACCCAUCGACGGCGAGAAGUUUUCUUGGCAAGACGAGGAGGGUAGGACUUACGCCAACUUUCCCGAGAACGUGAAUCCCGCGUAUUCCGAUCCCUUCGAUACGUCUUCUGUGUUCAUGAAGCCGCCACAUUCGCGUUAUUACAGUCAUGUGCCCGCUGACAUCGCUAGUCAUUAUUUGAAGACUCAGACUUAUGAAAAUGUGGAUAAUCAAGUAACGGGAGAUCAUGCUCAAGGUGCUGCAAAUUGUUUUAUCGCCGAUUCCACUGAUACGGAGGAAACUCGCCAAUAUUCAAUGAAUUUGAACAAAAAGUAUCAACAAAACACAGUAAACCUCAAAGUGGAAGAUGACAAUCUCCCGAGUCACUACAGCGAGAUAGAUAAAGCCAGUCCGCGAGGCCAGUCCACUUGGUCUACUUGGCCAGAGGAUUUACGAAAUACCGCACAAACGUAUGUCAAUGUUUCCGGCAGAGAGCCAACGUCGUUUGCAACUCCAACCCCGCCUCCACCUCCUUCUGUCGGACCGAACACGAGUCCGUCAAAGUCCAAAUCCAACUGCGAGCUAGCGCAGAGUAUGAACGAGCUAUCGUUGAAUUCCAACUCUAGCGUUUCUAAAAAGCUAGACCCGGAUUUCUUGGUUGAAUUGGAGAAGCAUCUUGGCGAGAAAGAGGCGACCAAGAACACAAAUACUAGCGGCAAAGAUAGCGGCCAGGAGCUAGGGGCUACUUGCUCAAAUUUUCUGCGCUUAUCCUCGGACAAGCUGCGACAGAGUUCUACGUCGACGCAACGACUUUCAGUGACGGAAGAUGCUGGUAAAUCUUCGUCGGCUAUCCCGACGCUAAAACCUCCGCCGCCGGGGAAACCAAAGUCGCCUGUGGAUCAUCGAGCGUCUUCUUCUUCGACGUUGCCUAGCAAGGUACAAAAUUCCUGGCAACCAAAGAGUACAAAUGUCCAGAAACCAUGUGUCCAGGGUGAUCAGCGCGUAUCAGAAUCGAUCACCGAUGCUAUAGUGACUCAAAUUUGGCAACAAACAAAUACUCUCUCUCAGCAGCAAACUAACUGCCCGACUGAUCUACCUAAUCGUCAGGUGUUGACGCCCAUUCCGACGGCUCAGGGAAGCAUUAGUCGCCUUCAAGAAGUCGCCAGCAACGUUUCCGGGAAUGAUCAUGGCCAGCAUGGUCCCAGCAAUGUAGCGAAGGCUAUCUUUAUCCAGACACAAGGCAGUUCGGUAAAUGAGAAUUACUCUCAAACGACGCAUGUCAGUCAGAGUAGCAUCAAUCUGCUUCAGGAAACUACCAGCGGCAUUGCUGGUAGUAGUACGGAUGAAGCUCAACACACUCCCUACAACGUUGCCAAAGCUACGACAAGCAUUGGUCAGGCUGCUUUCAAUCCAUUACAAAUUGCCGUUGGUAAUGUCUCCGUUAGUCCAACUGAUUCUCAAUACAAUGCAACCAUUAAUCCAAAAGUAAACUUAAACCAAACGCAAGUUUACUCGUCAACGAGUGGUCAGAAUUGUCUUCAUAAUACGCCUAGUGUUGGUUUUAACUUGCUCCAACCAAGCAUCAAUCACACUUCCAAUAACAGCGCAAUCAAAUCUUCCCAAUACAGGUCUAGCAAUGUACCUAAGACUACUUCUAAUCAAACUUGUCCAUCAAUGGGCCAGAGUUAUCCUCAGAAUACGACACCAGUUUUUCAUCAGAGUGCUUUUGCAUCGCAUCAGACCAAUCUUCAGAAUGUGCCAAUGUCGUCCAACAUGAGUAAUACUUGCGGGAUUAUUCAUAUACAAAAUGAUUUGCAGCAAUCGCAACAUUUAAAGCCCACUACGCUCCUAUCGGAACAAGUAUAUGCCGAGUUGAAGCAAAUGGUACCGAAUUUAGAGCAGUUGUCCCAGAACGAAUUCAAUACUCUCUACAAUAAGGCUGUUCAACAAAAUAUCCUCCGAAAUUAUUAUUCUAAUAACCUGAGCAGUGAGUCGAGCCAAAGCCACACUCAAGAAACGGCGAGCAACCAGCAGCAACAGAAAACUAUCAUUAACAGAAGUCAGACUGUUAAUCAAGGACAUUCUUGUGAUUUUAGUCCUUAUCUGAAGCAACCGCCGGUUUACAAUCCUCCUCCUUCUUCUUCAGCCCGGAAUCCGUUUAAACCCGGUCAAAAUGGUUAUGUACAGAAUCAUUAUUCUGCGGCGAAGUGUAAUCUGAACGGACGCUCCAAUAUGCUACAAAUUGAAACUUCCAUGUCAGCUAAUAAUACAUCCGGAUUAAUAACGACGAACGAUUUGGCCGCCGCUAAGGGAAAUUUACUACAAAUCGAUCAGCAUGUGGUCGGUACUAGUCCACCGCUCACCGCAACCUCUCAGCAAUUAGUAAUGUCGCUAAGCGACGAGUUUAGGGCGAGUAAGAUUAUGAAGGUACAAAAGGAAGCCGCGGAUGCUUCACAGCAGGAGGUAUUAGCCGCGCUGCAAGCGACUGGUUGGGACACGAAUCAAGCCGCCAAACAGAUCACGAAGGACAGGCAGGCGAAGGUCGAAAAUCUCAUGAGAUUGGGCCUGGCUAAUAGAGAACUGUGUGAAAAAGCUUUGAAGCAGACUAAAUACGAUGUAGAAAUGGCGGCUUCGUUGUUACUCGAUCAGGCCAGAUGAGAAAUAGCCGUGGCUGAUGUCCCAAAGCUAUCUGUAAUAUAACUAUAACAUUGUGAAUAGCGAAUAUGCGUUUAUUUAUGAACAAAAUCAACAAGUAGGAAACAUUACGUUUGAGGAACAAAGCUUUACCAGAGAUUGCUUGUGAAUUUUUUGGUCCAAAGUUUACAUUUCGAUUUUUAGCACAAACGUCGCUAAAUAUGGCUAUGUCAACUUUUCAAAUGAGAUAAAACUACUAUUACUCGUAAUGUAAGUAGGUGAUAUUUGUGAAAAUAUCUAGUAUGAUAUGACUUGAGCGUAAAGAAUGUAAUCUGAAGCUGUGAUAUAUAUUGUUGAUCCUUA